UUAAACUGUAGGCGGGCAUUCACUGCUUGACAAGUGCGCGUACCGAGAAGAUCCCGCAUGGUAUCAUUUUUCCGCCGCAACUUUUGUAUGGAACCUUGCCAAAGUGGUUUUGCGCCCGUCAUUAUAAUUUAUUAUGUCAAUGUAAACGUACAAGUGCGCCCUGAAGGUGUUUACUAGUGGAUCACCACUGUAAUCGCUAGUCGCUUCCCAAGGUCUUGUAAGAAAAUGGACGCUGUCAGCAACGGGUCCCUGCAGCCAGAUUUGAAGCGAAAACGUUCCGACGCUGAAGAGCAAAGCGACGAAACGCUCAAGUUGAGGACAAAACAUGACAACGAAUACUUCAAGUGCUACGCCGGACUGGACAUUCACAGAGAGAUGAUCGGUGAUUUUGCGAGGACGUUUACGUAUAGGAAGGCGAUAUUGAACAACUACAACUGCAUCUAUCAGCGGUCUGUCUUGGACCUAGGAGCCGGCACAGGCAUCCUUAGCAUGUUCUGCGCUCAAGCGGGGGCCAGAAAAGUUUAUGCCGUUGAGGCCAGCGGUGUGGCCGAGGUAGCGAGGAAGGUUGUGUCGUCAAAUAAAGUUGAAGACCAAGUCGUGGUUGUUCAGAGCAAAGUAGAGGAAGCAACACUGCCUGAAAAAGUCGAUGUUAUCGUCAGUGAAUGGAUGGGUUACAUGCUCCUCUACGAGUCCAUGCUUCAGUCGGUAAUAUUUGCCAGAGACAAGUGGCUGAACAAGGAUGGUGUUCUCCUUCCAGAAAAAGCUCGUAUGUUUAUUGCUCCUCUGACUGAUCCGGACGAAGGCUUUGAGAGGAUUGAUUUCUGGAAAAUGGUGAAGGACAACUUUCAUGUGGACAUGUCUUGCGUAACUGAGUUCGCAAAGGCGGAGAUGUACAAACACAUCACGGUGAAAACUGUAGAUGCGGAGAAUGUGAUCUCAAGAGGCACUUGCUUUCUCGAGCUGGACCUCUACACUGUCAAGUCUGAAGACCUCCAGUGCAUUAAAGAAAACUUCAUGUGUUGUUGCUAUGGCCAUGGCAGGGUUCACGCCUUUGUCAUUUGGUUUUCAGUGGAAUUUCCUCGGGAUGUGAUUCUUUCCACAUCACCUUAUGACUCUGAGACGCAUUGGCAGCAGACAGUUCUCUACAUAAACCCUGUUGAUGUCAAGCAGGACUCAGAGAUUCGAGGAACUGUCACAAUCAAUCCAAGUGCUGACCACCAUCGAAUGUUGGACGUGGAGCUGGCCUUCACCGUGGAUGGCAGACAGGCACGAAAGCAACUGUACCGAAUGAGCGAGUGCGGUCCUUGAAUGCUGGAAUUUUAAUCUCUCCUGGCGGUUUUCUUGCCAGUGCUGUUUCACCAUGUGUAUUUAUUUGACAUGGCAUGUACAGUGGAAGGCGACAACCCUUCAACGUCACAGAAAUAAACCCAUAUAUGUUUAACUUUCACUUCAUCAAAAAUCCAGAGGUUGCAUUGUGUCUGUGUUUGAGUGCCGUUGCAUAGAAGUAAAAAAAAUCUGUCCCACGUAAAUCUUGCCGUGCUUAUCUCUGCCUAAUUUAUUGAUGAUAUGAGGAGUUCAUCAUCAUUUCAAUGGUGUGCAGAGUCGGAUAGGAAGUAAAAUUAGACGGCAACUCAAAGUGGUAGAUACAGUCAAACGUCAAUACAUAACGAAGCCCGAUAUAAUUAAUUAUCGAAUACUGUAAGAAAGUAAAUCUGAAAUUUGUUUUUUCAUGCUUUAUUUCAAUUGAGUGUUUUACUGUAACAAAAACAAAAAUGCUUGAUCUGAUAUGGUAUCAAUUACAAUGAAGCUAAUUCUUGUUUUCGCAUGGCACAGAAUAUCAUUCUGCUAGCAAAAAUUUACAAGUACAGUCGCCAACCAGAAUUACAGACGGAUGAUUUUUCAGACUUCCCUACGGCACUGCCACCUGCCCCUAGAGCUCGUGUAAUGGCAACCGAAUUUUCAGAUGCUGCUCAAGUUUUUUAUGUGAUCUUCGCACGCACUACAGGAAACGUUGUGAGCAGAGUUGCCGUCAUGUCAACUCGGCAUCAAGCUGCAACUUUGUUUGCUGGCUGAUCGCCGACUGUAGCUGACUUUUUGUCUGCUGACUGGAGCAGCACAGGUUACGCCUAGUACCUUAGGCAGUAUGAGAGUGAUGAAAAUUUCUUGAUGGCCUCGGAGCGGCUGGUGACAUGUCAUCGUUGGACACUUGCUGUCAAUAUGUCAUAUCAGUAGACAUCAGUGAUUAAGCAUUAAAUUGCACGCAUGGGCUUGACUGACAAAUACACUGACAGCCGUAAUAGUGUAGUUCGGGCCCAAGUGUGGCCCCCUCCAUGUCCGACCAACCCAAAAGUUUGUCGGCAAAUGUGCUCAGCACAGCCAACUUCAAACGGCAUAUUCGGAAUGCCGUAUUUUCCUGACUAUGUAUAUAUGUAGUCCUAGGAGGCCAAUUUGUGUCUAAAAAAAAGUCGCAGUUUCACCCGAAAGGCGAAGCAUCAAUUGCGAUAGCAAAUUAGUAGAGAGCUAUUCGGAGUAGGGAUAGUAGUUUUAUCGGCUGCAUAAACUUCGACACAUCCGUUUACUAACUGAAUUAACAAGCGUGGUGUUAGCGCGCACAAGCAAACAUGAAUAGAUCACACUGAAUGACCGCAGACAACGACUGUCAAAACGCUGGCAGCAAUCGCAGCCGCCGCAGCGGGCAAGGUUCGUGCGGUCUAUCGCUUCAAAGGAAACUGAGCGGCGGAUGCACAGCGCAUACAAAGGUCAGAGCUGUGUGGAGAUAAGAGACCGUGCGGGCGACGGCCACAGCCGGGCAAACGAAUGGAGUUGUUGGCAGAGUAGAAGCUGCGCGCCGCCCCCCCCCCCCCCCCUCCUCCCUCCCGCGCUGCCUUACCGCUUUCUUGCUUUCGCGUGGGAGAUUAAGUGGCAAGUACCCCUUACGCCCGAUUGCAAGAUAUGCCUUUGGUGCCGGAGCACAGCGUCACCCGCCUCCCUCCCUUUCAUACCCCCACGGCCUUUCGCGCGACGGUCGCGUUUGCUUUCGGCCGUGCGUUCGCUCUCCGUGAUAGCGAGCGCGUCCCCCGCGUGCUUUCGUUCGCGCAUACGGCGCGCGGCGACGAUUUUAUCGCCCUUGGCAUCUAUACGGAACCUCACGGCGACGCCGACGGCAGAAAUCCGGUUGAAGUGUCCAUAUAAUUGCUAUCGCAAUAAUAAGUUUUUUCGAUAGUCCGCCUCCACUGUAUAGUCCGCAGAGACGAACCAGUAUGCAGUUGAGAAGCAAAGCAAAGGUUAAGUCUCUGCCCUUUAUUGCACUUCAUAUAGUAGCCAAUCCUUAAGCCCGUCAAAAUCACUCAUCGUGGCUGUCAGAACAAAACAAGUCGAGCAUGUUGGAUGCGACGAACGCCUCCCCAAUGUAUUUAUUGCCUUCAGAAUCUGACAUAGCUGUUAGAGCAGUUUUCAGUCUGGCUUUCGUAAAACUGUUGACCUGUGAUGGUAUCGCUCGUGCUGCCGCAACUGCUGCAUCUGUUGGGGCGCAAAGCAGUGGUGCGAAUUGUAAGCUUGGCUAGUGGCAACAGUUAAAUAUCAAGUUCACAACAAGUCUGCUGCACAUUUUGAGGUGCAUUGGCAGCUAGAGCCAGAAAUCUUGAGGUUUCAGCCCUGUAUAUGUGCUGUGAGCAUGUGCUUCUGGCUAGGAGUGAGCUUGCUAGUGUCUUCUAUUGCAAAGGGUAGGACCAUAGCGCCUGGCUCUUCACUACAUAAAGGUUUUCUGUUAUGGGAAUCAUAAGAAUGAAAUUGUAGCUGUGUCUUAUUUUAGUGUAAGCCAAGUAUCAUUAAAGCUUGUUUCUAUGAUGUGCGGGGUCUACUGUAUUAGUGUUAGUGAGGAUGCAUGCAUUGUGCCAUCUGUAGUUUGAGAAGCAAAAUGCGUUUCCCUAUGGCAAAGGCUCGUUGAAGUGAUAAUUCCGUAGAGACUUGAUAGAUGAAGUUUGCAUGAAACUCAUUGAACAAAAUCAUGUUGGCAUCUCCUCACAUUCUCGCUGCUGCCGUCAUAGACGAAGACUAUAGGAGAUGUACACCAUAGGAGGGGGUGUUCAGAACAUGUGAUCAUCCCCAAUUUUUGUUUUUUUCAUAGGCAUGUGUUUGUUUGAUUUCAGCUUGUCGAACUUGAAUUUGUUGUCAAAUCUUGUUAUAAUACGGUUAUAAUAAAUCAAUCUAAAAUGUGUUUUUUUUUUGCCAUAUCAGCACGUAAUUAAUAUUGGAUAUAACAAAGGUAUAUUUGUGUUGGAUGAGGCUUCGUUGUAUUGAGGUUUGACUUUAUUGGACUACAUUUGAGUGGGACACCCUGUACAUAAUUGAAAAAUUGAUGCAUGUGUGUAGUUUUUUUUAUUUCAGAAGACUAAGUUGAACUUCGGCGUCCUUGACAGGCUGCCUGGUUUGAGCCCUGCUUUUUUGUGUGCCUGCAUUGGACACCUUUGACAUAUUUUGAUACGGCUGUAGCUUGAGUGUAGAAUGUCAGUUUUACAGUCUUGGCAACUGUAUAUUGGAGUUGUAUGAAGUUAAACCUAUUCUCAUCAUGUGGAGCGAAGCAGCAUUGAGAGAUACAAAUUAUGAUGUGUUUUGAUAGCAUUGUGCCAUAUAUUAGGUAAGAACGUGCAUUUUUGCUACUGCUGCUAUUGCAGUUUACUGAUGGCAUUGCUACCUCCCUCCCGUAUGUGACAUGUCUUGAGGGCAGUGAUCUUUUAAACCUUUUUCGUACCUUACUUGAUUAUGCAGGGUUCGGCCUGCAAACUUGCAUGGCCAGAGUUUUCAUUUUUUUUUUACUUCAUAGAACAUAUAGCGACUUUAUUCAUUCAUGUACAGUACAUGUACAAUAAAACAAAACUGCUAUUCAAAUGGCCAGUCUUCUUUUAUGUUUUUCAUAACUUUGUGACCACUUGCAGUUUUACGCACCAUAGUUGGUGCAUCCCGGUAAUGCCAAAAGAUGACCUAGGUCGGGAUUUAAUCAAAAACAGCCAGGAAGGGCUGAGAAGUUUCUUGCAGAUGUUCUCACCCCCUUACACUUUAAGCUGCACACCUUUCGCUAAGCCUUUAGCACAUUGUUAAAGACAGGUUGAUGGAUAUUCUUUUUAGUGCAGAAAUUGUGUAGUUCGUUAGUAUAUAUAUCCGGUAUCUCCGGUAUGAAAUGAUGUGGGCUGCUGAUGUGGGCAUGAGGCUGCUCAUUGCCAGGCAUCUGUUGAGUAAAUUGGUAUGCAACGGGCAGUUUAAAUGGGUAAGUUAAAGCUAACAUAUUUGUAUUGUUGAAUAUGAACAGAUGCUGAAUAAACAUGAUUUUGCCGGCUGC